AUGGCGGCAACAACACCUAUGGCUUCCAUGGCCAUCUCAACCAUCGUUGUCAUGCUCCUUUCUUCUGCCAUGGCUGCCCACGCCAGCGGUGGCGGGGAGAAGGACAACACAAGCCUCGUGGUGGAGGCGUGCAAGAACAUCUCAGGCGAGCCAUUCAAGGUGGGCUUCCUGCCAGAAUUCUGCGCAUCGACGCUCCUAUCAGACCACCGGAGUGCCGAGGCGAAGGACUGCCGCGACCUUGCACUCAUCACCGUCGACAUACUCAAGGUGCAUGCAGCCGCCAUGGUAGGCAAGGUGGACAACAUGCUUCGCCAAGGCGGCCGAAUCGCCACGAAGGAUAAGGUAGCAGCUCGUGCCCUCAGGUUGUGUCGGGCGGACUAUGGCGGCAUGGUGAACACACUCCAAAUCUGCCACAACAUCAUCCAGGACUUCAGCCGCAAAGGUAAGCAUGGGCCGACGCCCUCUGAGCUACCAGAGUGCAUUGAGAAGACGAACCACAACAUCAAGGACUGCACUGCCGAGGUCUGUAGCACGUCGGUGGUGGGGACGAUGGCUAUGGCAAAUGAAAUACUAGAGAAGCUGGCAAUCGUCAGCAAAGCUUUGAUAAAUCUCUUCUUGGCUGGCAAGAAGGAUGGUAACUAG